UUCAUUACACUACCUCUAAAUGGAUAAUGAUACAGUAACUAAAAUCUUACAAAACAAUAAUAUGAAUGAGUAAAAUGUAAUAAAUUAAAGUUUUCCUUUUCUAUUUUAUUGAAGGUAAAAGUGGGUUCUUUAGUCUAGCAGCUAGACCUUACACGAAAGUGUUUCUCUUUCGUGUCUCCUUCAGCAGCUGCAGCUCGAAAUUAAUCCCCGUACAAACUCGCCAUUAUUUUUUUUCUUCUUGUGAUGUAAUGAUUUGAUAGAUAGACAAAUGCAGUACGUAAAGCCUUUACACCUAUUCCAAAAUUUGGUCAAAUCAAAUGCAUCGCAAGGAGGACGGUUGCUUGGUUUAGAUGUUGGUGAUAAGUAUGUUGGAUUAGCUAUCUCAGACCUCGAUAAUAAAAUCGCCUCACCUCUAAGUGUUUUGGUUCGAAAGAAGACAAAUAUUGAUCUAGUGGCUCAUGAUUUUCAAAGCCUGGAUGCUUGGGGUGGAAUGUGGUGGAGAAGAGACAAGGGGCCUAGUUUUAAAUAUUUUUGUGGAAUCUGGAUCAUGUUAUUUGAUGGGAGGAUGUCACUUUGUUUAUUUUUCUCUCCCUAUCAUUUCAUGGAGUUGGGGUUGCAGAUGUGGACUUGUAUCUCUGAACUUUCUCUGGUAGGCUUCGUAGUUGGCUAUCCAUUUGACAGACAACGACUUGCUCCUGAUGCUACACAGGUGAAGCUAUUCAUUGAUGAUCUUUCAGAGACGGGAAAACUUGAUGGGUUAAAGUUUACGUUCUGGGAUGAGCGCUUUACAUCAAAGAAUGUGGAAUUGCUGAUAAAGCCUUUGAGCUUGCAUCCAGUACUAGCAAAAACUGUAGUUGAUAAGUUCGCUGCUGUUCAGAUUCUUCAGGCAUACCUGGAUUAUGUGAACAAGAAGGAAAAUAGGGGCUGCAACAUCUUAGAGAUGAUAUUAUUUGGGUUUCGGAUCUAAAGCUAGCUGGCCUCUUUUAGUACCAAUCAAGCCUAACAAAUACUUCGUAUCCUAAUUCCACAGGAGGACAAGCUAAUCUGGAUGCAUGAAAGCACACGAGUAUACUUGGUUUUGGUUAGAGUUAGGGUGAGCGUUUGAUCCAUUUGAAUGAAAAAUUUUCGAGUUAGUCAAGUUAAUGAGUCUUAUUUUAUUAUUUUUUAACUCAAUUUUUUUCGAAUAAAGUCGAGUGAAAUUGAA